UGAGAAGGCGUUAGGCGCCAAACUCGAGCCAGCCAACAGCCUGACUUCUCUGCUUCACCCAGACCAACUGACUUUAGAAUUAGAAGCCAGCCUUCUCCUUUUGACUGCAACUUGGCCACACCUUAUCCACAAAACAGUCGAAGUCGAUCGAUUUGAUGAGAUAACACACAUCAGACCCAAAAUCGUCCAACAAAACCAAACAACAAAAUAAAGAAAAGUGAAAAAUAAGAAAGAAAAAACAAAGCCUCAGAAAGAAAGAAAGCGAGCAAAAAAGGAAACAGAAACAAAAAAAAAAAAAAAAAUGUCAGUGGCAUCUUCAUUCCCUUGCAUCAAAAUUUCAACUUCAUCAUCUUCCCCAUCUUCUUCACAUUCUUCUUCUUCUUUUAAUCAUCAUUCUUUUAUGCUCUCUUCUUCAGCCAAGCCUUAUUAUGUAAAAACCAUAAGGAGCUCUCAAACUGAAGGACCUAUAAGAAGACCUGCAGCUCCUUCUCUUAGAGAACCCUCCCCACCUUCUUCUCCUGUCAAACCAACACCUCCUUCUCCUCAGGCCCCUCCUCCGCCUCAGCAGCAGCCUUCGAAGCCAGCUCCGGUUUCCGGGCUGACCAUGGUGGAGGAUAAUAAGAAUGUGGUGACCUUGGAGUUUCAGAGGCAGAAGGCUAAGGAGAUUCAGGAGUACUUCAAGCAGAAGAAGCUUGAAGCUGCCAAUCAGGGCCCAUUCUUUGGCUUUGUUGGGAAGAAUGAGAUUAGCAAUGGAAGAUGGGCAAUGUUCGGUUUUGCUGUUGGAAUGCUAACAGAGUAUGCAACUGGCUCAGACUUUGUUGAUCAAGUAAAGAUCCUUCUCUCAAAUUUCGGAAUACUAGAUCUGGAAUGAUACACUGGCAGGAUGUCAAAAGCCAUUAACUCUUUCCUGUUGCUGGAGCUUCUGUAGGCACAUUCAGUGUUUCCCUUGUAACUUUGUUGAGUAACUUUUUUAAAUUUCGUUUGUGAGAAAUACUUUAUUGUCAUAAGCUGUAUUUUCACUAUAUUCUUUACCAAGAUUUUAAGGAUAGAAGUUUGUGAAGGCUCGUUCGAUAACGUUUUUGUCUCUUGUUUUCCUUUUGUAAAUUAAAGAGAGCAAGGAGAAAGAUAUGGGAGAAAGAGGAGAGGGAGAUGAGAGAUUAGAGAGAUGCAGAAGAGAGGAGGGAGAUUACAGGAGACUAUAAAAAGAAAUCCUCUAUUGUCCCUUGUCCCAUUUUCCUCUUCUGUUUUCUUCUCUAUCCUUAAAUAAAAAGCCACAGAAAACAAAAACCAAUAACGUUAUCAAACGAGCCUUGUACACUUUGAUCAACUCUUUAUUAUCAAUCUCAAUUUACAUGUAAAUUUGUCAU